AUGGAACUCAAUUACGUACGUCCCAAUCCGCCUAACGAGGUGUUUCGAUUGCUUGAUCUCCCAACCGAAGUUGUCCUUGAGCUAUGCGAUACCUUCCUACCUGGCAAUGGUCCAUAUCUCACCUUCAAGGACCACGAAGAGGCCGUAGAAGGCUUCUCAGAUUUGGCCCGGUUAGCUUGCACCUGUAAAGCACUUUCGCGCAUCGUCAGAAGCUUCUUCCACAACCGUAGGGAACACAGACAGUUUAUCGGUAUAAUUCCUUACACACGAAACAUCCUCCAAAGCCCAGAGCUCGCUCUCCGCGAGACUACGUUCAGAAUGGUCCCAUCACAAACGAUCGGAUCACUCGAGGUAGACGAUAUUGAAUUAUUUGAAAUUGUCUCUCGGGCUUUAGAAGGCCAUUCGCUCGGGAUUUCCUUUCUCAGUCUCAUGCUAAAUCGCAACAUAGAAAAUCUUAAUCUCCCAAUCUUUUACGGGAAACGCGGAGAUCUUGCGUGUCUCCUCCUUUUGAAUCUCCCUAACCUAACCUCCAUGUCCAUUGAUUGCUUCCCCGAGUAUCCAUUUUCUCUACUACAACACAAUCCAUUGAAGCUCCAUUCCUUGAAGAGGGCAAGAUUCAUCGGCGUUAGGAUUCGUCCAGGUGAGUAUUCAAACGGUGUCAACAUACAUGACUUGCGGGAUUACUACGAUGCGGCACCGAACCUUGAGGUUCUUGAGUUUGAACGUAUGGAGGCGUGUCGCCUCGAAACUCGUCUGCGUCAUGUUCACUCCUUAAGCUUAAUCGACUGCUACUUAGGAGUGGACGAUGUGGAUAGACUCCUAGGCAACAGAGAUGGGAUGCCAAUUGAGCGUUUUACUUAUAUUACGGGCCUCCAUGGUAAUUACUUGCGCAAGAAGGCCGCUGCCCAAGGCCAGGAGAUGCUUCCAAAUAAUCUGGUCAAGUCACUCAAGCACAGCAACUCUCGUAACCGUCUUGAAACCCUCAAGGUCGAUCUCCGGGAACGAGGCGACUUCUCGACAAGCUUGGAAGCCGUAAAAACCUUGGACUGGUGGUAUCAUUUCCAUGAACACGAUGCCGUUUCGCAUUUUAUGACGACACUGAAAUUUUUCCCGUCGCUUCGUCACGUUACUCUGACGCAACAGUGUCUCUGGGAGCCGUAUUACAACUGGGCUGACGGUUUCGAGAAAGACACGAGUCUAAGGAACCCUACAAGGCUAAUUCAUUUGCUGCCUGAGACCAUCGAAUCUUUCACUCUGGUGGAUGUGACCGUGGAAUUCAUCCCUGCUAUCAUCAGCCUUGCAGCGGUUGUCAACAGCAAGCUGCGGUUCCCGAAUCUGAAUCGGGUAGGAUUACGCCCUCACCCGGACCUAAUUCGACAACAUUCCCAUGCGAAGGCACACGCGGAUGAUCCUAGUUUACCAAGAGGCAUUUCGAACGAUAUGCGCUGCAUCGUGGAUUCCUAUCUCGAACCAUAUAGGGCAAUGAUAAUCCGACUAUUUCAGUACGCAGGAGUGGAGGUUGAAUUUCCGCUGGAGGUCUACCCAAUCCAUACACGCGACGAAAAGGACCUAGAGCGUCAACGACGCCUAGGACACUGGUGCCGCGAGUGCCACUUCCAUGGUGACACUCUACGUGAAGUCAGUUUGGAUAAUGUGGGGGAAGAAGGAGGGUGUGUUUCUGCACAUAAAUGA